GUUAAAUCAUUGAAAUUAAGAAAACAUGUCGUCUAGUCGAUCAAAAUCGUCGAUUCUUGACAAACCGCUCAGUAAAGGCAAGGGGGAGGUUUCAUUAGCCUUUUAUGCACUUUUAUUCUCAGAAAUUGUUCAAUACUGCCAGAAUCGGUCACAUUCUAUACAUGAACUACAGACCAAAUUAUCAGAUAUUGGUCACGAUGUAGGAACCAGACUCCUUGAUCUAUAUUUUGUAAGAGAAAGGAAUAGUAAGCGAGAGAUUAAACUCCUGAAUAUGCUGCUGUUUGUAAAAUCUACUUUAUGGAAGGUGUUGUUUGGCAAGGAAGCAGAUAAACUGGAGCAUGCCAAUGAUGAUGAAAGAACUUAUUACAUUAUUGAGAAGGAUGCUCUUAUCAACAAAUUCAUUAGCGUACCAAAAGACAAGGGCUCUCUUAACUGUGCUACAUUCAACGCUGGCAUCAUAGAAGCUGUACUCACUAAGAGUGGAUUUCCUGCCAAAGUAACAGCCCACUGGCACAAAGGAACUACUUACAUGGUCAAGUUUGACGACUCAGUCAUAGCAAGAGACAAAUCCCUGGAUGAUCGUUAACUCGAGUGUUCAGAACUCUUUACAGUACGUCAAAUAAUUUUCCCGCCUUUCCUUUCGAGAGAGCGAGAAGCAGGUAUAGAAGAAUACUAUGAAUGAAAGGGAUGACACAUUACCUCAACCUCGAAGUGGCGGAUUAAUUCGAACUUUACUGUAAUAAUAAAUUGCAAUGCACGCUAUGUUGUUAAGCUAUACUUUGGUGUAUGAAGUUCUUUCAUUGUUUAAUUUAAUUAAUUCAUAUAGAAAUAUAAGCCUUAUAAAUUGUA